AUGGCUGUGCUUUUGAUGUUCUACUACACCUUUCUCUCUGGAUACGCAGGCCAGAGUCUGUUUGAGGACAUGGUGCGCGCCUCGUACAACUUCGUGCUGGCCGCGCCCAUCAUCACCACCGGCGUCUUCGACCAGGAUGUCACGGAGGACCAGGUGCUGGCAGAUCCCCGGCUCUACAUCAGCGGCCGCGAAGGCCUCGACCUCAAUGCCGUGAAGCUGGUCGAAAUGCUGCUGUCCGCAGCGGUGCACUCUUGCGUGAUCGGAUAUGUCAUGCUUUUGGUGUUUCGGGACAUGUCCAUUCUGGACGCCGGCGACUUUUAUACUUUUGGCACCACCGUAUUUUCCGUCUUGGUGAUUUCCAUGAACUACCGAGCAGCUUUUGUGACGAGGACCUGGAAUUGGGUCACCAUCGCGGGCCAAGCCUUCUCCUUCCUGAUCUACGUGGUGUUCCUGGUGGUCUACAGCGACGUCAGAUGGUUCUCGGAUCAUUUCCAGCCCUGGAUGGCCGGCGUGCCGCUGCGCAUGGUGAGCAACCCCUACUUCUGGAUUUGCGCCAUUACUCUUCCAGCCCUGGCCAUGGUGAUCGACGUCUUCAAGGCGCACCUCUUGAGCGAGUUCUAUCCAGACCGCUCUGAAGUGGUCCUUGAGCAGGCCAAGCUGAAAGCUUCGGCCGCGGGGCUCGAAGAGUUGCAGUGGGACUCGGAGGAAGCUGACCGGGCUGCCACCCUCCACAGGACGAAUGGCUCGGUGGCGAGCCGAAUGUCUGGCUACGACUUUGCUCACCCGGGAGGUGAACCCAGGCAGCAGGCGAACUUCUACAACUCCCACCCCACGGCCGGCGAUGUCUCGAUGAUCGAGACCGCCUCCGGCUCGCAGAUGGACAGGAGUCAGUCCCUGCGGCGCGAGGAUCAGAUCUCAGAUGAGGAGUCGGAUUCCAGCGAGGGCGCUCGCUCGAAUUAUCCAGACAGUUCUCGCUUCGCCCAGCAGAAAAUGGCCCACAUCCAGGUGGAGUGGACUGGCUGCAAGGUGAUGAUGGCCUCCUGCUUGGUGGGGGUGCUGCUGUUCUGCCUGGGGGCGCUGGUGCGCGGACUCGGCAGCACGGCAAACGAGGUGUCGGUGCGUUACGGGGGGGCGGCUCGCGGAGAGGCCGCGGCGCGCUGCGGGGAGCCGGGCUCGGAGUGCGCGCUGGAGCUGACGCUUCCGGAGGUCCAGAAACACCUCCAGAAUCUCUAA